ACCACUACGCUCGUGGUCUCUCGAUGGGACCACCACUCCAAUGGACGGCGCGGAUCUCCCCUCCUACUCCGCCGCCACGGCCGCCGACGGCGACCGGCCUCCGGAGAGCGCGGUCGACGGAGGCGUGGAGAACGAGCGUGCCGCCGCGCCCACUCCAGAGCGGUGCGAGGCGCCGCCUCCGGAGAGCGCGGUCGACGGCGGCGUGGAGGACGAGCGUGCCGCGGCGCCCACUCCGGAGCGGUGCGAGGCGCUGGCCUCCGCGAUCGCGGGGGUGCUGGCCGGCGCGCUGCGGGAGCACGAGGAGCGGGCGGCCGCUACUGCCCGGAGCCAGGACGAGGUCGCCGCUGCCGUCGACCGCCUCAACGGAGAGCUAGACAGGCUAUUAGAGAAUGCACCCUCAAUGAUAAUAAUGCAACAUUCAGCAAGGAUUUCCAGUAUCCGCAAGAGGAUUUCAGCAAUGAACAUGCUACUCAAGUCCAUACAGCGACGCAUAGAUAACAUUGAUAGAAUUAUUUCUACUGAUCAUUCAUCUCCUGUACAGAAAGCCGGUAAUGAACUUGGAUCAAGGUUUUAGAAUAAUUCUGGUGGUGUCCCAUCAAUUGCAACCAUUUCUGUUUUGGUAGAGUUACCAUCAAGCAAUCACACGGGGCUGUCCAUAGAAGUGAGACGUCAUAAUUUCAAUUUUUCCCAGAGAUGUAUGAUCAAAAUAUUCCAAUCCUUUUUGUCACAUUUUGGAGUGGGAAAAGCCUUUUGUACUGGAUGGUCAAUUUCUUUUCCUGCGUUCUUUUUGUUGCAGACAAUGAAGCGUGUUUUCAGCUUCGGCGUUCACCCUUGUAUUCAAAUAUGAAAUUAUAUUCAGAAAUCAUAUUAUCAUAUUGACACUGUUGAGUGGUUUUGAUAUAUAGUACUUGUUUAAGA